GUAAUCCUGGUAAUGGUCUUGUGGUCACAAUUUGUAAUCGGGGGUCCCAUAAGAUGUUCUCUGGUGCGAAACUUCCUGAUAUAUUACCCAGAUGAUCCAGGGGCUGAAAUGGAGUGUAAAGCGUGCCCUGAAUGCCCGCUAGGAUUAGGACUCGUACCCCAAUGUGGUACCAAGAUCACUAACUACACCACUAUUAAAUGCGAACCGUGCCAACAGAACAAGACAUAUUCAGACAAACAUGGCAUUGAGAGUUGCAGGUCCUGCCAUGACUGUGGGUUAACUAACGUCAUCCAGCAGUGCACCCCAUCUCAAAAUCGUAAAUGCGGCACCGAGUGCCCCGAACGACACUACCUCGAUGACAAUGGUUUUUGUCAAGAAUGCUACUUUUGUUGUCCCAGUGUGGACGAAACUGGAAGAAUGAAGAAAUGUAAUCUUUAA